CCCUCUCUUUUCGUCGCCCUCUCUCUCGCGUCUUAGACCCCCUGAGACCCCUUUGAAGUUACUCAAAAAAAGAAAAAAGAAAAAAAAAGGAAAAAUCCCUCAUAAAAUCCCAAAAAUAUCGAUAAACCCUAACCCUAGCGAGGGCUUCGCCUUGUCGUGUUGAUCAAACCCUUGCCCUCCUUGUUUUUGUUGUCGAUCGUGCUUCGUUUCUUCUCCGGUGGCAAUGGCGAACCUGGCUCCCGCUCCCCUGGGCGGCACCGUCCAGGCUUCUCCGCCACAGAUGUCGCCGACGCCGGCGCCGGGAGGGGCGUUCAUCAACGCUUCGCUCUACGUCGGCGAUCUCGAUCUGGCCGUCACGGAGGGGCAGCUUUUCGAUUUUUUUAGCCAGAUCGGGCCCGUCGCAUCCGUUAGGGUUUGCAGGGACCAAAUCCGCAGGGUCUCGCUCGGAUAUGCUUACGUCAAUUUCCAUACCGCUCAAGAUGCUAAUCAUGCCUUAGAGGUUUUGAAUUUUACGCCAAUAAAUGGGAAGCCUAUCAGGAUUAUGUUUUCACACCGAGAUCCUAGUAUUCGAAGGAGUGGUCAUGGUAAUGUAUUUAUCAAGAAUCUUGACCACUCGAUCGAUAACAAGGCAUUGCAUGAUAUAUUUAUCUCCUUUGGUACCGUCCUUUCCUGUAAGGUGGCCACUGAUUUUAAUGGUCAGUCGAAAGGAUAUGGCUUCGUACAGUUUGAACAUGAAGAUGCAGCUCAGAAAGCUAUUAAUCAACUUAAUGGGAUGUUGAUGAAUGGAAAACAAGUUUAUGUUGGUUUCUUUAUCCGUCGUCAAGAAAGAGAAUCUGCAAAUGGAACUCCAAAGUUCUUUAAUGUAUAUGUAAAGAAUUUGCCUGAAAAGUUUACUGAUGACGAUUUGAAAAAUGAAUUUGGAGCAUUUGGUGAGAUUACCAGUGCAGUAGUUAUGAAGGAUGAAAAUGGAAAUUCUAGGGGAUUUGGCUUUGUAAAUUUUAAAGACUCAAGUGCUGCUGCUUCUGCAGUCGAGAGAUGUAAUGGAAAAGCUUUAAAUGAUAAAGUUUUGUAUGUUGGAAAAGCACAGAAAAAAACUGAAAGAGAGGCUGAGUUGAAGGCCAAAUAUGUACAGGAGAGAAGUGGAAGAAUGGAAAAACUUCAAGGAUGUAACUUGUAUUUAAAGAAUCUGGAUGACACUAUUAAUGAUGAUCGUCUUAAAGAGCUGUUCCGUCCAUUUGGCACUAUAAUUUCGUGCAAGGUCAUGGUGGAUUCACAAGGGCAGAGCAAAGGUUCUGGUUUUGUGCAAUUUUCUUCUCCAGACGAAGCUAACAUUGCUAUAAAUGAAAUGAAUGGCAAGAUGAUAGGAAAGAAGCCUUUAUAUGUUGCUGUGGCUCAACGUAAAGAGGAGAGAAGAGCAAGGUUGCAGGCUCAUUUUGCACAACUUAGUGCUCAGGGGACUAUGACACCUGCAAUCCCCUCUAUGCCCAGCUACCACCCUGCUCCACCUAGACUUGCCCCACAGCAACUUUACUUUGGUCAGGGUGCUCCUGGUCUCAUUCCGCCCCAACCAGCAGGCUAUGGUUUCCAACAGCAGCUUAUUCCUGGAAUCCGGCCUGGUGUUGCCCCUAACUUCAUGAUGCCUUAUAACCUUCAGAGGCAGGGACAACCUGGACAGAGGGUGGGUGCUAGGCGAGGAGUGUCCCAGCAAAUGCAGCAGCAGCAGUUGAUUCAGCGUAAUGCUAAUCAGGGCUUUCGAUAUAUGCAAAGUGCUCGUAAUGGGGUUGAUCCAACAAUCAUACCUCAGGGUUUGAUGGGUCCAAUGAUGCCUUUACCACUUGAUGCAAGUGGUAUGCAUGUCGCUCCAAUGGAUGGAGUCCGAUCUUCACCAAUUCCAAUCACAGCUCUUGCCUCUGCUCUAGCUUCUGCAACUCCUGAGCAUCAACGAGUGAUGCUGGGCGAGCAGUUAUACCCACUUGUUGAACGUAUUGAACGGGAUCAGGCUGGCAAAGUGACUGGAAUGCUCUUAGAGAUGGAUCAAACUGAGGUGCUUCACCUUAUAGAAUCUCCGGAUGCACUCCAGAAGAAAGUUGCAGAAGCUUUGGAAGUCCUACGCUUAGCACAUGCUACAGGUUCAGAUGCUGCAGAUCAGCUUGGUUCAUUGUCCCUGAAUGACUAAAGUUAUUUGCCUUCUUUAGAUGGUUAGCUAUGUUUAGUUGGGGGUUGCUUCGUGACAUAAAUUUUUUUGGAUUGUUUUAUUCUAUUUAGGCUUUGGCACCUGCAAUGCCAGAAUUUUUGGGGAUUCCACAUGAUACAAGGAAGGGGCAACAUAUGUAGUUAGGGGUUUUUAUAUUAUUUUUCCUUCAGUUAUUAUUAUUUUUCAGGUUUGUUUAUUAGUUGGAUUAAGUAUUGUGGACAGAAGUCUGAGGGUUUUGCUGUGUGUGGAUUCUAAUAUUAGUUAUCUUGUUCCUAAUUUUAUUGAUGAUUGGAUGUUUGCCUC